UCCUUGGUUACUGUUGCUAGGGCAGCGGGUCUCCGCUGGAGGUGGGAGUAGGAAGUUUUGGGGAGGUCAAGGGUCAGUGCGGAGUCUCUGUUGGAGAUGGUGAAGCAGACGAUCCAGAUUUUCGCUAGGGUAAAGCCCUCCGUACGGAAGCAGCAGCAAGGGAUUUAUUCCAUAGAAGAAGAUGAAAAAUUAACACCUAGCUUGGAGAUUCUCUUGCCCCGAGAUCUGGCGGAUGGAUUUGUGAACAAUAAGCGAGAAAGCUACAAGUUUAGAUUUCAAAGGAUUUUUGACCAAGACGCAAAGCAAGAGAUCAUUUUCGAAAUCAUUGCCAAACCAGUCGCCGAGAGUGUCCUGGCAGGUUACAAUGGUACCAUCUUCGCGUAUGGGCAGACAGGCAGUGGCAAGACGUUCACCAUCACAGGUGGGGCUGAGCGCUACAGCGACAGAGGCAUCAUCCCAAGGACUCUGUCAUAUAUUUUUGAGCAGUUGCAAAAGGACAGCAGCAAGGUCUACACGACACACAUUUCUUACUUGGAAAUCUACAAUGAAUGUGGCUACGACCUGCUGGAUCCGAGACACGAAGCCUCCAAACUGGAAGAUCUGCCGAAAGUGACAACAUUGGAGGAUCCUGAUCAGAACAUUCACCUGAAAAACCUGUCUCUUCAUCAGGCAACAACCGAGGAGGAAGCUUUGAACUUGCUCUUCUUGGGGGAUACCAACAGGAUGAUUGCAGAGACUCCUAUGAACCAAGCUUCAACCCGAUCACACUGUAUUUUCACGGUUCACUUGACCAGCAAGGAGCCAGGAUCUGCUACCGUCAGACAUGCUAAGCUCCAUUUGGUUGACCUGGCUGGGUCAGAGCGUGUUGCAAAGACUGGAGUCGGAGGUCUGCUUCUGACAGAGGCCAAGUACAUCAACUUGUCACUGCAUUACCUGGAGCAGGUCAUCAUUGCCCUUUCGGAAAAACACCGCACACACAUCCCUUACAGGAACUCCAUGAUGACCAGCGUGCUCAGAGACAGUCUCGGGGGGAACUGCAUGACCACUAUGAUCGCCACUCUCUCUCUAGAGAAGAGGAACAUUGAUGAGUCCAUCUCUACCUGCAGAUUCGCUCAGCGAGUGGCCCUCAUCAAAAACGAAGCCAUCCUCAAUGAAGAAAUUGACCCCAGACUGAUGAUUGUCCGCUUGCAGAAGGAGAUUGCAGAUCUGAAGGAGGAGCUGGCCGUGGCCACCGGGGAGUUGAGGACAGAGGCACUCACCGAAGCAGAGCUCCAUCAGCUGGAAAAACUAAUAGCAUCCUUUUUGGAAGACCAAGACCCAGAGAGUAGACUGGAAGUUGGCGCCGAUAUGCGUAAAAUCCAUCACUGUUUUCAUCAUUUUAAGAAGCUGUUGAAUGACAAGAGCACCAUAAAGAAUCCAGUCUCCUCUGAAAGCACGCACCAGGCGUGCCAAGAGCUGUUGGAAGGCGAAGAACAUACGAAGCUCCGAGACCUUCUCAAGCAGAGGGACAAUGAGAUCAAUAUCCUGGUCAACAUGUUAAAAAAGGAAAAGAAGAAAACUCAGGAUGCCCUCCACUUAUCUAGCACGGAGAAGAGUGAAGCCAGGACACCACAGAACUCACCCUUCAUUUCUAAGAGCCCAGCAAGUCAGAGCAACUCUGUCUCCUCAGUCCUGAGCCAGGACCAUAGCAUCUACAGAUCCAGUUUGCUCCACAAAAAAACAGGAAUGAGAGAGGAGAUGUCCCUGGGACGCCAGGAAGCUUUUGAAAUUUUCAAGAGGGACCACGCUGACAGUGUCACCAUCGAAGACAACAAACAGAUUCUGAAGCAGAGAUUUUCUGAAGCAAAGGCUCUGGGAGAAAGUAUAAAUGAAACAAGAAGUAAGAUUGGUCAGCUAAAGGAUGCCAUCACCCAGCGGCACCUACAGCAAGUAGCUCUUGGCACUGCACUGACAUACAGACAAGCACCCCAUGAAGCCAGCAGUCUUCUCCCUCCCCUGCCUGCAAAUACAGCUUAUGGCUCUCUUUUUACACCUGCCCAAAGUACAUCCGGGAACUCAACCUUCCUCACAGCCUUGGUCCUUUUGAAAAUCAGUGGACAAGGAAACUCAUGAAGAUUUUGGCAUGAGGCACGACCAGCAUUGAGCCCUGUGAGCCCCCUGGAUGUGGAAGCCUGAGAGAUCCAGGGGUGGCCUUGAAGAGACCUGUCAAUGGCCACUUGUAAGAACAUGGACAACAGACAUGGCUUAGAGGAGAACUGGGUCCUGCAUGCUGGCUUGGGAACGAGCGCCAUGAUGUUAUUUUAACACAGGCAUUACUUGGAGAGUUGAAAGGGAGGGUACAACAGUAUUCUCUUUGCUCCCUGGAAUGGUACAAUGACUGGUGGGCCAGAUGAGACAACCAGCCUGUGUCUCUGAGGAGUUUCACAACAUGUCUCUCUGUGUGUUUUCUUCUUUAAUGCCCACAAAAUCCCCAGGAGGUCAAUACUUCUUCUCUAGCCUUCAGAAGCAAUGAGGUGGGAAAAACAGCCAGUACAGGAUUGGUUUUGACCCUGGACCUGGAAAACAGUGCCCAUGUUCAGGCAAGCAUGCUGUGUCCUCUGUGACCCCAGCCCAGGCCGCUCAGGGCUGGCCCUCUCUGCUGGUCCCCACAUUACAGCUAAGACCCAAAGUGGUUAGUGGUUAUAGAUGCAUAACCAGAUAGCCUGGUUGGUUCAGGCUCUGCCAGCUGCCACACUGCCCUGCCCUGCACACUUUGCCUGGCAUCCUGGUAUCCAGACAGGGGCACAGAGCUAAGGCCUGCCCUCCACCCAGAAUCUCUAGCCUAGCUAGAAAAAGAGGAUGAGUACUGAGAAGAGGCCAACUUUGAACUGUCAGAGUCACAGCUGCCUACGCUUCCGUCCGCUGUCCUUCCUCUUGCAUGCACAGAGCUAGCUCAGCCUUGACCCCUCCAGGAAGACUCCCCUGGCCUCUUCCCCCACCCCUACCCCAGCCUCUUCUUCCUGGGUCUUGUUUUCUUUAGUCUUAUGUGUUUCUGAGCUCACCAGCCUCAUUUUAUAAUGACUAAUAAUUUCCAAGCUAUUCUCCACAUUAAAACAUGAAUUCCUUGAAAGCUGGGUGCGGAGGAAUUUAGUUUUGUAUCCCCAGCAGCCGGCAUGAACAGGCCAGAUCAAUGGGCCAAUGAAUGCUUCCCCAGACGGCUUCCAGACCCACACAUCUCGCAAAAGUACAAUGAGACAUUUGAACAUAAAAUAAAAUAAGUCCAUUUAAAACAAGUGGAAGGAGUAAGUGCUUUUGGACCCCACAGCUGAGCAAAUUACACACACAGGCAAUAAAUUUGGCUCUCCCUUGCCUAGCCGCAGAGCAAAAAGAAGCACCCAGAAUUCCUGAGUUUUCAUUUUCUGACAGCAGGGAGCAUACUAACUAAUUUAUCUGCAGAAAUAGAAUUUUUUCCUGGAACUAAACACAAGGCAGAAUUUAUCGUGUGGAUCAUAUGUAAAGGACGCCGGGUAACAUCACGAAUGAUGUCAUGUAAAGGACACCUAUGACUCCGGGAAUGAUGUCUUCAACUGCAGUUUUACAGAAGAAUCCCAAUGUUGUCCAACCAGAUGAUUCUUGUAUCGACCUCCAUAAAAGCGAGAGGUCUGACAUUAAAGCAUAACUCACAGAAAGUGUUUAUGUGAGCAGCCAGGAUAAUAGGAUCCAGGUACCCUGCUUUCUGAUAGCCGUAGGGAGGCAGGGAUAAAAGGGAGAGAGUCUUCCACAGGGAAUUCGCCGGCCGAGGCCUCACCCCUCCUCUUGAGCAGCAUUCUAUGAAGGUCUGAGACACAUUCCACUCAUGAUCAAGACUCUUAACAAGAACUGUGGUUAGAACUUAAAAAAUGCAAGACACUCCUAAACAUGGUGAGAAGUGUGUCAGGUAAGGAUAGCCACCACAGCUUUUGAGGGCUGGCACAAGGAAUGGCCACUGGCGCUUGUCACUGAGACCUUAGGACAGGGCUGAGUGCUAAAGAGCUGCCAGGAUCUGGAACCACAGAAGAGAAUAUGAAAUAGACUAAGGCAGAAGGUUUGUGGGGUGUGUGUGUGUGUGCGCGUGCGCGCGUGUGUGUGGUGCAGAUGGUAGAGAGAAUGACUGGUAACAACUAUGUCCUGAGUUGGGCCUGCUCCUUCCCAAGCCAGGACAAUUGAGCCAUGGAGCACAUACCAGCAAGGAAGUCUUGGUAAGAAAGCCAUGUGUGGAGAGCAGGCCCAUGCUUGGCUGGAAGGCCCCUGCCUGUCCCAACCCCCUCUUGGCUCCAUAUCAGAGCCAGCUUUCUCCACCAGCUUUGCUCAGGCCCUGGGGAAUGUUCUGGUUGUCUGGACCCACCUGAAUGAUCCUGUUAGGGACGUCACUGUAGGAUCUGACACAGACCAGGGAGCCCAUGAUGACCAGACUCCACCAGAACUGCCUGGCCCUUGGCAUAGGUGACUACUCAGUUGCUUUGUUCCAUCGUUGCCCUGAGAGACUCCCAGACUGGAACAGGAGAAGAGGAGGGGGGCACACCAGUCCACACACUCACCUUCAACCCGACCCCUGUGGCAGCAGCUCCCUGCCAGCGCUGUGGCCAUGCUUCAUUCACUGUUCCUCUGAUAUUCACAGCGACAAGAAGAUCCAAAGACACCACUGGCAGGUUCUAAAGACAUAGGGGGAUUCCUUAUCUCUUCUGGGUCCUCCUUCCUCUGCCUCACUCCUGUCUUGCCAGCCUCAGCAACAAGAGGGGCCUUGGAUCAUCACUAGCCUGGUGUGUGCGCUUGAAGGUGACUCCCCAAGCCCCACACAGGGCCUUAGGAAAGUUAAAAAGCCUCCAUGGGCUGUCCCCCUGGCUUUCUCCAGCUCUUCCUUCAAGAGCUUUGCUCCCUCAAGAAACUCCUGCAGUGACCUCUUGUGGCUCCCUGUUCUUCAGAGUGGCCGGUGUUUCGGCUUGUCCCAUUUGAUUAAGAUCAUCUGGGUAUGCACACACACUCCCCAGGCCUCAUUGAGUGUGACUGAGGGUGUGAGACCACAGACAUGGAGCCUGCUUGAGGCAGAGAUGAAGAACUUACCGGCAACGUGUGCAGUGGGCCCUGAGGGACCAAGGGAGGAAGUGUACCCCUCAGGGCCACUAGUAACGGUGGGCAGAGCCAGCAGGUAACCAGCAGGGGCCCAGGAUGGUCCCCAAGCCCAGUUCAGACAGAACUUGACUCUUUGCUGUUAAGUUUGUGUCUGCAGGAAGCUCCACAGCUCUCACACAACAUCUGCCUGUGGCUUUGUUGAAAACGCUCUCAAGUUAGACACACCACCAUACCACCCUUCCCUGAGUCCUUUCUGCUCAGCGCAGAUUUGCCUUACAAAUGUGUCAGGCUGCUAAGGGGCUCUGGGCCUGGACUCCAUUUUCAUCUGUAAAAUGACUUGGCUGCAUUCACCAAUAAUGGCUCAUGGCUUUCUUGUCCUUUCUGGCCCUCAAGCACCAGAGUGUAACCUCGGUGAGUGCAGCUGUCCUUAGGACAUGUGUGAGGCCGUGGAUCAAUUAUAGAUCAUCCACCCUCUCGGAAACAAGUGGCAGGGAUGUUGACUCCUUGGAAUGUCAAAGAAUGGGAAGGAAACAACAUCCUUGGAUAAGAUGGCACUUCAGAGAUUCCAAAAACAGACAGGGAAUUCUCUGAGACCAAUAACCAAUAACCAAAGUUUCAUCACUUGUGUGGAUUCUAGUCCAUAGUUGUGUGUGAGAAUACAGGGUGAGGUAUAGUGACUGGGGGUCCACAGUUGAAUUUCUAGGCUCAAGAUGAAGGCUGAGAUGAGGAGGCCUCGGCCCAUUUUCCUACACACUGUCCAAGGCUGUGACUUGAGUCUCCUGCAUCCAUUCAGAUGUCCUUCCUAGAACUGUGGAGAACUGAAGAGUGUGUCUGGCCUGGCGCCGGUCUUGAGCUGCAGUGUCUCUCAAAGGCAAAGGCACUUAUCCUGCAUCCCGAGUGCUGGCCAGGGCUCCCAGGAAACCAGAGCAAGUGGAUAGAGGCUGAGCGUAGGAAGGGGCUGAUUAUGAAGGACUGGUUAGGAAGGCAGAGGAGUCAUGUGAUCUGCAGUUCCUCUGCAAGCAGAAGGCUCAGUGGAGCAGGGCAGUGUGGUGCCAGCACAAACCUGAACACUGAAGACCAGAGACAGCAGUACUGUAAGCUCUGGUCUGAGUUUUCACAUCUGAGAACCAGAAGCUCUGAUGACCAUAGGAAGAUGUCAGAUGCCUCCAUCAAAGCACAGAGAGGAAGUUAACCUGACCUAUAGACUUCUCUGUAGUACAUCCUCAACAGAUUCAAUGGUGCCUGCCCACAUUGAUGAGGAUAGCUCUUCUCUCUUCAGUCCACUUGGGAAUACCUUCACACAUUCACAGGGAAAUGAUAUUUGACAAACGAUCUGGGCAUCCCUUAGCCCAGUCAAGCUGACCAUUUCCCCUCAGGAUCAGAAGAAGGACAAGAAGCACGUCACCUCUGUGAUCUCCUGGUCUUGUGACCUUGGUCUAUCAGCCCUCCUGAGCAUCCCUUUCCUCGUCCCUAGGGGACAGAAGAGUAUGUGCUCCAGAACUGGCCUGCAUUUCAAGUGAUGUGUGUAUGUCAUAGGCAUGAACACAGCAGAUGCUCAGCAGAUCAUGAUGAGCUCUGACAUGAUGGCAGGGGACAAAAGGAACCGAAUGUCCAGGCAGUGGGCACACCCUCACACUGAGCCAACAAUGGCUCUGAGCCAUCGGCACCACUGGCACCACUGCCAAGGCUGGUGACAUCACCACAUCUGCUCCCUGACACAGCCAUGCUGCCGAGCCGGGAAUGGGGCCGUCUCGUCCUCUGAGCACUGCGCUGCUCGUGACAGAGCUGCUACCUGUCAGUGCUGUCUUUUCUCCCAACACAGACCUCAUAUGUGUUCAUUUGGAUUAAUUAGACGCUUAACUGAGCAUCUAGCAGACAAAACACUAGCCUCUUGACUUCAUCUUCUAGCCUAGAACAAGUUACAGAUGGCUCUUCCAUAUGUCUAUUCCUUCCCUUGCACAUUAAAAAAAAAAAUGCCAUUUGUGAUGGACAGAUCUAGGAUCUAGGCCCAAGAAAGCCCCUGCCCAUGUGCCAUGGAGUUGGAACAAACUUUCUCAACCUCCCCAAAGAGCUGAUGAAAAUAUUGAUGUCCAUUCAGGGAGCCAUGAGGAAGCUGUUGUGAAAAACCAGGUACUUACCAAAGCAUGCAAUAUAAGCGUGCUUCAAGGCACAGUGGGCAGCAGUAACUUUCCACAGAGCAGGUUCUAUUCAGGGCGAGGUGUAAGAGGGCAGCUCCCACCUUUUAAAAGCAUUCCUAUGAGGAGGAGAGAGGGAUAAGAAACUUUUAGAUAGGAAGAUAGCAAGAGGAGAAAGACAGAAACACAGGAUAGCUUCGGGAGGACCAGGAUCAAAACCCAACGGCCCCUUCUGCCUUUUUCAAAGGGCUUUUUAUAAUAUGCCAAGGGGUGGGACAAAAGACCUCCCCCUUGCUAGAUCAAAGCACACCACACAGCCAAGUGUAGACCCUUCCAAACACCUGGUAACCACACCCCUGGUUAAAUCAUCCCCUCAUGCAGCCCCGUUGGGUAAAGCAAGCUCAGAUUCUCUGACCCUGAGUAAUUUGGGCCUCCACAGGGAGCAGAGGAGGAAAUGAGGGAAGGAGAGAAAGAUCAAAAAAGAGAGAAAGAUGAAGUGUGAGGGGAUGAGGAGAUGGGGGAAAAGAGAAGCAGGGAGAUGUGAGUUGUGUGGUUAAACUCUAUAAACAACCAUGUGAUCUAGUAACAUUUCAUUAAGAGGAAGACACAAAAACCACUUGCUCCCAGGCAAUCUUUUGCUUUUCCUAGGAAUGUGCACACAAGAUGAUGUCACAGAUGAGUCCAGGAAGAUGUUCAUCAUGCACUGUUUUCACUGUAGAGAGACAAGCAAGCCAGCCAACAAAACCAAAAACUCAGAGGUCCCCAGUUGGCAACAGCAAAACAAGCUGGGACUGGGGCAUUGGUCCAGUGAAAACUGGAAUAAAAAAUGCAUACAGUAGAUCCACCUUAGCAAUGUGAAGAGUCAAAUGUGCACAGUAAUUAUAAGAAAGGGCACUGCUGAGGUGCGCAGACUGUGGAGCAAAGUCGAGCUCCAGAAACUGUGUCUUUUUGUGUAAUUCCUAGUUUUUUAGUGCUAUUCAUUCAUGAAGAGUGGGAGGUGUUGGUGCUUGAAACAUGUCUGGGUAUAACAGUCCCUCAAGCCUUUAUGAAGAGGAAACCCGUGCAACCUCUUUUGAGGCCAAGAAAUUGCAUUUUGGUUUUUCUUUUUUUCCAGUCUUAGUAUGUGUGUAUCUGUAUGCAUGUAUAUUGUGUGUCUGCGUGUGUGAGAGGGCACAUGCGUGCUACAGUACAUGCCAAGUGCCUAUGUGGAAGGCAGAGGAUAGCCGCAGGGGCUGGGUCUCACCUUCCACCUUGUUUGCUACUGCACUCACCGGGCUAGCCCAUCCACGCACUCACCAGGCUAGCCCAUCCAUGCACUCACCAGGCUAGCUCACCCAUGCACUCACCAGGCUAGCCCAUCCAUGCACUCAGUGGGCUAGCUCAUCCAUGCACUCACUGGGCUAGCUCAUCCAUGCACUCACUGGGCUAGCUCAUCCAUAAGCUUCCAGGGAUCCUCCUGUCUCAGCUUCCCAGCUCACCACAGAAGUGCCGGGCUUAAAGAUGUGAAGCUACCACAUCUGUCUUUAUGCGGUUCUGGGGAUUUGGAUUCAGGUCCUCACACUUACAGAGCAUGUGCUUUACCCACUUGAGGCAGCUCCUCAGCCCUGCUCUUUAUUUUAAUUAGAUCUUUGAGAAUUCAAACAAUGAGUUUUGACUAUAUUCACCCCUCCCACAACUCCUCCCAGACCCACCCUGCUUCCUUACCCACCCAAAUUUAGAUCCUCUUUUUUUCCUCACCCAUCACGUGUGGCCUUCCACUGCUCUGUGGUGCUGAGGGGACAUUGAACAUACACAGUGAGAAACUGAGCCCUGAAGAAAAGGCUGACGGCAUGCUUCAGAAUCCUGACAUCCUUGGGGAGAUGCAGAGGAGAGCACACGGUGCUGGCUGCCAAAAGGCUCCCACCAACUCUGCAAUGGUUUAUUUAGAAAUAAAAAUGGAAACAACUAUAUUAAAUUAUUUAGAGUUUUCCAAAUAUAGUGGUAGCACAGACCAUACUUUGAGCUUUGUUGAAAUGGCUUGUGGUAAUCCCCAGAGCUCAAUGAAGGAUUAGACUCUGAGGGUUCAGAACUUAAACAGAAAUUACUGUUUUGUGGAAUCACUGUGAUGGUUGACUUGAUAAUAAAGUGAGAAUCCCAGUCCUAUUCAAAUUCAUCUUAAUCUCCUCACUAUGGUACGUCAGGAUCACUCUACUUAAAGAUCAAAGUGUGAAUGUACCAGUUCUCAUUUUUGCCUCCAAGCAUGUGGUCAUUUCUAGUGGGCUUAAUAGCUGCAGAUAGCAUGUCCAGCGUGUCGAACGGCAUGGGGGAUAUACACAUGAAUAUCACUAUCUUGGUCUGCCUAUCUGUCUGUCUAUCUCUAUCUCUGUCUCUGUCUCUGUCUCUAGCUCUAUCUCUCUCAUGUUUACAUGAGGUCUUUCUUCUAUACUUCAACCAGAAACUGAGUGACCCCACAAUUCAAUUGGUAAGUGACUGUUAAUCACAAAAGCAACCAAUUAAAAUGGGUCAUUGUAUGUUUAACUGCAGUUCUAGUAAUUUGAAUUCUCUCAAAAUAAGACUUCCCUCUCUUAAGCCCAGCUAAGGCCAACUGUGCCUGUGGUCAGCUUCUCUCACUCUUCAUUCCCUUACUCAUGCCACCCACUGAGGCUCCAUCCCCACAAGAAGGGGCUGGGAAGAAGGUCGGUUGACAUCAAUGUCUCCUGUCUGGUACUGUUGUUCAUGGCUGUGACCUAACUCUUCCUCCUUUGGGGUCUCUGGGGUUCCUCUACCAGCACGUCUUUGACUUGAGGGUAUGCACUUAUUUGGACAGUGUACCUGAUGUGGCCAGGGGUCCUGGCAAGAAGUAAAUAGUAGUGUUCAUAUUAGGUAUCGUGAAGGAGAUUGAACAAAGGCCUAUUCAUAAAGUGUAGGUGAGUGUAGCAAAGUCACAAGGGCUGACAUAGCACCCCAGAGAUACUAACAAACAGCAAGGCAGGAAGAGUUGUCACCCCUAGGCCCAAGGGGUACAAAGACUGAGCAGUAACUGGAACGUGAAGCUAGGAAGGGAGAUAUAGAACACAUCUGAACCUUGAAUGUAACAGUCAAGUCCUGACCCUGCAGAGACAUCUCCUCCUCAGCUGUCUUGACUUCUGUCUUCUCCCUCUUCACAGUCGCCUACUAAUGGUCCCCAUUGACUGAUCCUAGGCAGGAUACCAGGCAAAGGAAGGCCACCACUACACCAGUCAGUUCCCCAGGGUGAAAAGGAGAGGGCAAAAGAGGUGAGUCUGAGAAGUGGAUGGAAUAGAAAAAACUGUCACAAAGCUCCAGGAAGCAGUGGCCUGCUCCUUUACUUUUCCUAGGGUCCUGCUCCACCCAGGGAACCUUAUUAAAAAUGAUCUCAGUCUCCUGAGGUGUGCUGGGGACUCUAAGGGUACGCUGGAACCAGCUUACUUGAAAUUUGUAGGUAGAGUUUUCCUGUCCCACAGUUGCUCUCAAAUAAACACACUGAGGCUUGUAUUAAUUACAGAUGCUCAGCCAAUAGCUCAGGCUUGUUACUAAGUAGCUCUUACAUGUUAAGUUAACCUGUAUUCCUUGUGUAUGCUCUGCCAUGUGGCAGUACCUUUACUAGCAUGGCAUGUUCAUCUCCUGCUCCCUCUGCAUCUGGCAGGCAUUUCCUCGGACUCCACCCUUCCUCAUCCCCUCAUUCUCAGUUUGGCUUUCUUGCCUAGCUUUAUCCUGUUCAGAUAUUGGCCAGUCAGCUUAUUUAUUAAAUCAAUCAUAGCAACAUAUAUUCACACAGUGUACAGAAGGAUUAUUCCACAGUAUUUCCCACUUUUUGUCUAAUUAAAAAAGGAAGGUUUUAAUUUUAACAUAGUAAAAUUAUAUACAAAAAACAGUUAUCAAGUAAGAAUUAUAGUUAUAAUAUCUAGUCAGUUUGUAUUUGGCAACAUUAGAGAAAAUACUCAAUUAUCUAUCUUUCUUGGUAAGUCUAAAGUUUUUUACCUAAUUUGUUUUCUAUCAUAACUAAGGCAAACUGUAAGUUUAGCUAUUUAGUCGUUAACUCCAUCAAAGACCCCAGAAGGAUGAAAUGUUACCUAAUGACAGGGACAUCAGGCUUCCUGGACAGUCACCCAAAGUUCCUCUGCAACACUGGGGCAUCCAACUCUGGGCUUCAGGCCUAGAACAUCUGACAGACUUUCCUGUGCAGCAGGGAAUUUUGAAGGACUGUCCUACCUUGUCUUGGCAAAGUUUGGCAAUUGCCUUUUCGUGUUUCCUGCUGGUCCAGUUUGGAUAGUAUAUUGUCAGCAAUUGAGGCAAGGGCAGUUUUUUUGCCCAAAUGGCUAGCUUUUGCCAUAAAGAAAGCAAAUCCAUGUGGAGGUUCUUUGAUGACCAUCAUCUUCCUUUGAAAUAAAUUGGUGCUGCCAGGAGCAGAUGUUUCUCACUGUCAUGAAAAGCCUUAGGUUAUUAAACACAUUAAAUGCCAUAUUCUGUAGGUCUUUGAAGUGCUUGAAGAUCAUCUAUCAAUUUAAAUAUAUCUGUGUAUGACCUUGAAAACAUACCAAACAUGUCUAUAUGUUUGACUGUUACAGAUGAAUAUUAAUCUGUAUUUCUUAAUUAUAUUUUACAUUUUUAAUUGAUCUGCAUAAACAUAAUACUCCAAAUAAGAGUAGAAACAUACAUACAGUAUAAUAGAAAUAACUUUAAAUUUGUAUCAAUAAACUAAAAUCCAUACCAAUGUAAAAUAUUUAAGAAUAAUAGUUGUUUUUUGGAUUAAUGUAGAUUUAAUAAUCUACCCUUUUCCCCCAUCAUUUCUAUAUCAUAUCUCCCUUUCUUCUUUUAGAAAGAGAUUGACUAUGACCAAUAACAAUUUGUAACCAACCCCCUUUAAAUGAAACCAAAUAUUUAUAACCAAUAUUUUGGGAAUGUGGGCAUAGUUUUCUAGACUACUUCCUGCUGAUUGCUGGGCACUGGUAAUCUUUGGGGGACCCUGAGAAAAUCUGAAUAAUUGUUAAGUCUUGACUGGAAUAUUCUGUGCGGCUGGGUCAUCUCAGUCAGGAGCCUGGACGCUGUCUGGGAGGUUGGAUCACCUGACCAUUUUUACUGGGGUCUGGUCCCUUGUUCUGUCCUGUCAUUCUUAGGUUUAGUUCUUUAUGUCUGUAGAGACGAUUUCAGGGGUCUUCCUUGAUCAAACCAGAAUGAAUCCAUAACCUCUCAUUUCCUGUGGAAAUAAAAACAGAACCUCUCCCCCAAAUUAACAUAUCUUUUGAUUUAAAUUUUGAAGUCAAGAUUUUUUUAAAUGUAUGAGGUGGUUUAAUCGAGCAGCUUUCACAAUCCAAGGUCUCUUUUCACACAGAAAUCAGCCAUGACUCUAGAGUUCAGUUCUCACUCAGGCACACUUGGACAUGGGCUACCCAUCAAGCUUCCCACUGCUCUCUUUUAAGCCCCACUUGCUGAGGGAAGAGAACAUAUCUCCAUACACACUUCCCUCGCCAUGGCCUGGAGCAAAAUAUCUUCUUCUUGUUGUUGUUUGGCUUUGGGAGACAGGGUUUCUCUGUGUAACAGCCCUGGCUGUCCUGGAACUUGCUUUGUAGACCAGGCUGGUCUCGAACUAACAGAGAUCCACCUGCCUCUGCUUCCUGAGUGCUGGGAUUAAAGGCGUGCACCACCACUACCCAGCUUGGAAAAUGUCUAGUUCUUUGUUUUCAAAGUUUCUCCCCAGGGCAUCUGCUCUGGCCCUUUUCUUAGGUUACAUGAGAAUCUGGGCUGCUCAGCCAACUCUUGCCUGCCUGGUGAUGUGCUAGUUCUGCAGUGUGGUCCACCGUGGAGCCCAUUUGUGGCUCCAGGGUGCAAUAAGUGGUUGCCAAGUAAACCAAAGUAACAAAAAACAGCUUCAUUAAGAGUCCUCAACUCUGCAAAAGAACAACUAAGAACCAUAGAGAAAAAACUGGCAGCUCACAAGGAGCAUAACUAAUGGUUUUAUAAUGGCUACAUUUAGGCUGAUAAAUUUUAAGAUAUCUUCAAAGGGGGCUAAAUGAAUUUCAGGAGGCCAAUAAAUGUUGCACAGAGCCACUCCUGAAAAGUAGGUACUACACCAGCUUGAAGAGGAUUUUGAAAAUGAAAAGACUUAGCUGGCAUGCAGCUGUUAACAAAUGGAGGUUCAGUGACCUUCAGGGUUAUCCUUAAUCUCCAAGGAGUCUGGGUGACACAUUCUCAAACAUACUUGAAAAAGCAGUUACCAUACAUUACAUUCUGGAUAAUCCAACCACAUGGCUACAGUUCCUAGGCUUAUGUUAAUGCUUGCCAAAGUUGGCCAUAUUAGGCUCUCAAUCCCCAUUGGCAUUAGAAGGGGAGAGUUUUUCAUGAAGGCCCAAUAGGUAUGGUGGGUUAUGGCUAUGGGUGGGUUAGGACUUCUGUUGGUCUUUUCUGUGUGGAACACACAGACUGCAAGCCCAGCGCCACUUUGAGAUCUUUGGCAGCAGUUAACUCUGCAGCUCACACACGAUUGAGCCUGUAUGAUAAUGAGUAUUCAGAGACAGGUAAUGCCUAGGGGGUGCUCACCAACCUAAGACAGAGCUCCUGUGUGGCCUGAGCAGGCGUCUCCAUGAUGGGUAAGGUGACCUGCUGACAUCCCAUGCAA